AUGAGAAAGCCAGACCAAAGUACUGCAGAGAGACAAAAAGUGUGUAAUAAUGAUGGAAGAAUGUUGAAGGUUCGAAAAGGGUUGUGGUCACCUGAAGAAGACGACAAGUUGAUCAAUUAUAUGUUAAAGAAUGGACAAGGUUGCUGGACCGAUAUCGCUAGGAAUGCCGGCCUCCAAAGGUGUGGGAAAAGUUGCCGGCUUCGUUGGAUCAAUUACUUAAGACCCGAUCUCAAGCGUGGCACGUUUUCUUCCCAAGAACAAGAUCUCAUUCUUCAUUUGCAUUCGAUUCUUGGCAAUAGGUGGUCACAAAUAGCGGUUCAUCUUCCUGGAAGGACGGAUAAUGAAAUCAAGAAUUUUUGGAACUCGACAAUAAAGAAAAGAUUAAAGACCAACAAGAGUAGUGAUGGUAGCAGUACAGAUGUGAUGGAAGGAGGUGGUAUGUUGAUGAUGUCAAUGCAUGGCCAUGAGAUGAUGACAAUGUGCAUUGAUUCAUGUUUAACAUCAUCCACAACAUCAUCAUCAUCCAUCCCCAUGCUCAUGAAUGGUGAUGGCCAAUUUGGUCAUUUGCCACCAUUUGCCCUUGAUAACACCAACUACAGUGACACAGAUGGUGGAUCUUCAAGUUCCUUGAACUUGGGACAAGGUGGUGGAUAUGGGGACUGUGGGGAUGUUUUUGGGAUGCAACAAAAUGACACUACUAACCCUGCAUUGAACAAGAGGGUGACUGAAGGGGAUGUUAAUGCUACUGAUUUGAAUGGGGGUAGUGAUGGAAAUAUGGAAGUGGAGGAGGUGGUUGGGGUUGGAAAGCAUUGGGUAGGAGAAAGCUUCAGAAUUGGAGAAUGGGAUUUGGAGGGUUUCUUUACCACUUCCUCUUCAAUACCUUAUCUUGAUUUCUAG